AUGAGCUUCCCCCAUCCCAGCCCUCCACCCAGCUGGGGGCCAUUCCUGGCUGCCCCCUCAUGGGCCCCUUGGCUCUGUUGGUUUGAGAGAAGCCCCGGCCUCCUUCCAAAGCCAGCUCGGGGUCACUGCCCGUCCUUCCCUCCCCAUCAUCCUGUACCCCCUCCCCGCCAGCCCCCGGAUGGAGGGAGGUCAUGCACUGGUUCACUUCGGUCUGUACCUGCCCAGCUCCAGCCCUGCCCCGGGCACAAGGGGCCCCUUGUCACAGCUGCUGCUGCUGCUGAUGUUAAGGCCUCGAGAGGAGCUGACACAGCCCAAGACUUCAUCUGCAGCUCUGGGGACAGCAGCAGAGAAAGGUCCUCGGUAAACGGAGCGCGUGCAGAGGAGGGCGACCAGGAUGGGAGGAGCCUGGAGUCCGAGCUGGCGGAGGACCAGAACUGGUUCCCCACCUCGGUCAGACCUGUGUUGCCCAUAUGGCCCCUGCACCUGCUGAUGACUGAAGGAAGGUCUGUCCACCCAGAGCCUUAUCCCAGUUCUGGGAUAAUUCUACCAUUUCUCAGGAUGCCACUGGAGUUCCGAUUUACCUUUUCAUAUCAGGCUGUUUAGUCUGCUCUGCUUGCCACCUGGAUUUUGCAGGUUUGGACUUCUAAGAUUCUGGACCUUAUCACUGGUGGGCUCCUUUCUUGGAUUCUCUGUCUUACAAACUCUUGGUUCACCCUUCCUGUUUUUGGAGCACCUGCAGGGCCCUGCCCAGGACCACUGGGUCCUCAUUUUAAAGUCUCCACAAGACCGUCCUUUUACUCCUUCCAUCAGGUGGGAAGCUGUCAUUCCUAUAAUUUAAGCUGUGGUCUGGAAACCCAAAGGCCAUUCUCAAGUACCAAGUUCACAUGGCUGGCCAUUCACUCCAUUUCUCUCAUUUUCUGUAGGUAGGAGUGAGGAAAAUACCUUCUGGACCCAAAUAGCCCUCUUGGUCAAUAGUUACUACUGCAUAGAGAUUUUUUCUAAUUCCUUCGGGCAAUAUCAUUUGUGUCCACAUGACCCACUGGAGCUACCAGGUUAACAAAUCUUGGGUUUCUCUCUGCCAAGUCCCAGAUAUAUACCCUGGGAAGACAGCAGAUCCCCUCAUCAUCAGGGCCUCAGGACCCUUCAGCAGGGAGUCGUCAGCUACUACCAGUCAAUCAGCCAGUCAACAACCAUUUAUUAAGCUAGGUGGUGCAGCUAUGUGGAGCACCAGGC